CUGUGAUCAUGGCAUGGGAGCUGCUGCUAUGCGAUUAUUAACAUCCGAGACCAUGGGAGUCGUCCUGCGUCAUGACGAAGGCCCGGAGUAUUGUCUCAAGUGGCAUCAUAUAUCUACGCUCUCUACCUGAAAUGAAAUCAGACAAUUAAUCUGAGCUCAGCAUACAGCAACAUUCCACAGAGACCAUACAUUCUCGGAAAUUGAAGUAAGAUAGAAUUACAAAAAUGGCAGAUCACCAAUGUCCCUCCACCAUCACCAAAACCGCCGUUUCGACCCCGCUUCCAGCAACGACCCCUCCAAAAUCAGUCCAAAUCCCCGUCAACCCGCUCGAAAAUGUAGCUGCACCUAAUAUAUCUUACUACACUCCCCAACAACACAUCCCAGCUGGUACCGCAAUCACACGCAAAGACAACCCCAAACCCCUUCCAAAAGUCUUUACACCUCUCAAACUCCGAGGCUUAACUCUACAGAACAGAGUCAUAGUCUCGCCUAUGUGCCAGUACUCGGCUGAUGAUGGCCAUCUCACCAUGUGGCACAUUACCCAUCUGGGCGGUAUCCUGCAGCGAGGACCGGGACUUACGAUCAUUGAGGCUACGGCCGUGACACCAGAGGGGAGAAUCUCACCUCAAGACUCGGGAUUGUGGAAAGAUAGCCAGAUUGAGCCUUUGAAGAAGAUUGUGGAAUUUGCGCAUAGCCAGGGACAGAAGAUUGCGAUUCAGUUGGCGCAUGCGGGCAGGAAGGCAAGUACGGUUGCGCCGUGGAUUAAUAGGAAGGCUGUUGCUACCGCUGAUGUUGGAGGCUGGCCAGAUAACGUCCUUAGCGCGAGCAAUGAUGCAUUCGAUGCUCCUCACACCGUUGUGCCGAGGGUUAUGACGCUUGAAGACAUCGCCAGCUUCAAGCAAUCCUUUAUCGACUCUGUUAAUCGAGCUUUGAAAGCGGGUGUCGAUGCGAUCGAGAUCCACGCAGCUCAUGGCUACCUUCUUCAUGCUACCCUGUCUGCCGCGACUAACAAGCUCCCAGCGCCUUAUUCAGGCUCCCUGGAGAACCGGAUGCGUCUCCUUCUCGAACUCACAACUCUCGUCCGCGCCGCGAUCCCAGAGUCGAUGCCCCUCCUCGUCCGAAUUCCAGGCUCAGAUUGGAUGCCACCAGAAUCCAACUGUUGGGAGAUCAACCAAGCCAUCGCAUUGUCUCUGGAACUAACUAAGCUUGGUGUCGACUUCUUAGAUGUAUCAUCUGCUGCAUUGAUGGUUGAGCAGAAAGUCGUCUCUGGUCCUGGAUACCAAGUGCCGUUUGCGGAUGCCAUCAGGAAAGCGCUGGUUGAGGCAGGAAGAGGAGAAGCGACGAAGGUUGGGACUGUAGGGAUGAUUACCAGUGGUGUUCAGGCUGAGGAGAUUUUGCAAGACGGCAAAGCCGAUGCGGUGCUUGUGGCGAGAGGAUUUCAGAAGAGUCCGGGUUUGGUGUGGGAUUGGGCUGCUGAGCUGGGUGUUGAGGUCAGGGUGGCGAACCAGAUUGGGUGGGGAGUUGGACAGAGACCAACUGGUGGUGUGAAGGGUGGAGAUGCGCCUGGGGCUGUAAAAGACAAGAGUUAGAUUAUGGUUCCGUUAAUUGAAAAUCAGAAAG